UCACCCAGCUGCUGCCUUCUUUUGAUUUCUUCAAAGAAAAGGGGCACGAGAUUGGCUGCACUGUCAUAACAUAUUCCCGGUUUCUAGCCGGUAAAUGUCUAGAAAAGGCGUCUGGAAGAUAGCGUAAGUAGGAGUCUAGGAAAGGGGCUAUGUGCAAAAUGAUAUGCGGCCAACGCAACUGCACACACCAGCACAUGGCUUUGAGUGGAUCAAAGAGCGUCGUCUGGGAUCGAGGGAUCAAGCAGUCGCACAAAUUUUGGCUGGCAAGAAAAAAGCUGCUGCUGCUGCUUCUGGGCUUGUGCCGAAAGGUUGCUUUCUUUACAGUUCCAAUUACUAGCACCUUUGCGCAUUUGCCUUCACAUCAGCAAUGUCAGCAGUUCAGCGGCCACUCGUUAUCGCGGAGGAGAGGAGCAAGGAGAUCAGCGUUGCAGACGUUGAAAAGAAGCUGGGCAAGUUCCUGACCAACGAGGCGGGACUCCAGGCAGCCCCCAGCGGCACCUCGCAGCAGCUCCAGCUCUUGCUUGAGGGCAUCAGCGGAGCUGCCGAUGGUGCUGACAAGAGCGGUGACGACGAGGACAACGAG